AUGGGUUUUGAUGGGACGUCCGUUGAUCCUCAGAUUCGCUCCCUCAUUGAGAACUACCACCUGGGCUCGAUUCUAUUGACUGCGAAGAAUUUGAAAUCCGCAGAAGAUGCGACGCGACUAGUCCUCGAACUACAGACGAUCGCCCGAGAGGCCGGUCAUCCGGUGCCAUUACUUAUCGCCUUAGAUCAGGAAAAUGGGGGCGUGAACAGUCUCUACGAUGAAAUAUAUAUCCGACAGUUCCCCAGCGCAAUGGGCAUCGCUGCGACAGGCUCGAAAACACUCGCUCAUGAUGUUGCUAUGGCUACUGCCCAGGAACUUAAAGCUGUAGGAGUAAACUGGAUUCUGGGACCCGUCUUAGAUGUGUUGACCAACAUACGAAGCCAACCCUUGGGGGUUCGUACCACGGGCGAUGACCCCCAAGAGGUGUCGCAAUACGGCGUGGAGUAUAUGAAAGGGUAUAAGGAAGCAGGGUUGGUGACAUGCGGCAAACAUUUCCCGUCAUAUGGUAACCUUGAAUUUCUCGGGUCCCAGGCAGACGUCCCUAUCAUCACCGAGUCGCUAGAACAACUCAGCUUGAGUGCGCUGGUUCCAUUUCGAAAUGCCAUACUCCAUGGCAUAGACUCUAUGAUGGUAGGAGGUGUUUCCAUGUCAUCUGCCGGGUUUAACGUGAUGCACGCUUGCUUGAGUGAACAGGUUGUGGAUGAUCUGUUGCGCAAGGAAAUGAAAUUCAACGGCGUGGUUGUCUCAGAAUGCUUGGAGAUGGAAGCACUCACUCAUAAUAUCGGUGUUGGUGGAGGGACAGUGAUGGCAAAGAACGCGGGCUGCGACAUCAUUCUCCUAUGCAGGUCAUUCCCAGUGCAACAAGAGGCGAUCACCGGAUUGAAGCUUGGCGUGGAGAACGGUAUGAUUGGCAGAGCUCGUGUAGAACAGUCCUUGCGCAGAGUUCUGAACUUAAAGGCAAAGUGCACGUCCUGGGAGCAGGCUCUCAACCCUCCAGGACUUGCCUCUCUCACGCAGAUGCAACCUUCACAUACCACGCUUUCCACCAGAGCAUACAACAGCUCAAUCACUGUGGUGCGCGAUAAAAAAGCCCUUUUACCCUUGUCCAACAUUCUUGAGCCCAGUGAGGAGUUGUUACUUUUGACACCAUUGGUCAAACCAUUACCGGCUUCUGCAGUGUCUCGCUCGGUUACCGAGCACAUGGACCUAUCUAUGGAGCCUACGACAUGGGACCGGACUUCUUCUGUGUUGAGUGGCGAGAGUGUCUUUAAGGAGCUGGGAAGAUCAUUAUCGCGACAAAGAAAUGGCCGUGUUUUGCAUACCUCCUACACAGCGAACGGCGUCCGCCCGAUCCACGAAAACUUGGUAGAUCGGGCCAGUGCGGUCAUCGUAGUCACUGCUGAUGCUAACAGGAAUCAAUACCAAUACGGAUUUACUAAGCACGUAUCUAUGAUCUGUCGGUCGCAGUUCACACCGACUGGUGAAUCUCGAGAGAAGCCCAUGGUCGUUAUCGCCGCUAGUUCACCGUAUGAUUUUGCGAUGGAUCCUUCAAUCGGAACUUACAUUUGCACCUAUGAUUUUACGGAGACAGCUCUAGAGGCACUAGUCAAAGUCCUUUACGGGGAGAUAACCCCCAUGGGCUCAUUGCCAGGAUCGAUUAAUCGCAGCCAAAAACUUCACCAAGCAAGACAGCAUUGGCUGGUGGAAAAUUGGAAUGAAGAAAGGGACUCCCAUGCUUUGGAUUUUCUCCUGGAUGCGGUGAGGGAUGACUCUACCCAGGUGCAACGUUCAGAGUUGCUAGGCGUGACGUCUUGCAGCUUCCUCUUGCGGAGAGAAGAAAUUGACGAGGCUCAUUUUGUUGUACGAAACAGCAGCACACAAGCCCUCUAUGGUUUUUGCUCGACAUAUUUCUUCCGGUCUACGGGCACCGGCGUCAUUGGGGCCCUGAUUGUCGACCCGGCAAGGCGGAAGUUAUCAAUUGGAGCUUCUCUCCACAACCGCGCAAUUCGAACACUUGUCCAACGGAAAGGGGUGAAAAGGUUUCAGCUCGGUUCUCGCCUGCCCGGGAUUUACCUUGGUAUUCCGUCUGCUAAUCCCGUGGAGCGGAAAAGGCUGCGGCAAUGGUUUGCAAAUUUAGGCUGGAACACAGCCCUCUCGCGGCCCGUUUGUAGUGUGGUGUUGCGUAACUUGAUGUCUUGGAACCCACCAGAUGGAUUAAUCCAAGGACUCCAGAAUGCAGAUGUGAUUUACGACCUUGUAUAUGGCUGGGAUUAUGCUGACUCAAUCCUUGACCAUAUCAAAACUAAUUCUAGACAAGGUGUCAUAGAUAUCUAUAAGGUGGCCCUCGGGGGAGCGCCCAAUUGCGGAAUCAUCAGGGCUACGCGACCCAGUGAUGGGGCAAUCCUGGGUAGCGUGGUCGUUUAUAACGGACGAGCCACCUUGGCGGAGCAUAUGCCUGCUCUGAAAGCCACGCAUUCGUCCACAGGGGGUAUUUCUUCCCCUGUCAUUUCACCUUCCGUUGGUGAGUAUGCCACAAUCAUGCAGGGUCUAAUCUUCCUGGGUAUCAAGCAACAUCGUAAACAGGGGGCCGAUGCUGUGAUUAUGGAUUGUGUCGACGGUGACAGCAACUUCGAUAGUCUGUCUGGAAUAAUGGGCUUCAGUACGCUGCAUAGCUUUGAGGAAGUUAACUGCGAUGCUGCGACCUGGACAAUGAUGACGACGUCUUGA